AUGAGCGCGUCUGAGAAGUAUGCAAUAUCUCGUGUAAAGUCGGAGAAGGUUGUCACAUACGUUACACCCCAAGGGAAAGGUGUACGUGUUACCAGAGAAGUUUACUUGCGUAAAAAUAUGCCUUGUCGCACACAGUCGUGCCCCGACAAUGAGUGUCAUCUUGAUCUCAAAAAUAUUGUAAUUGUUGAUGGCUUCUAUGCGCUCUACUUUUGGGAAGUCUUCGAGUCUGUGGAAAUUCGGGGCAUUGUUGUCACUCUAUCCUCGCUCUGCUACACUCAGCAACAAGCGUCAUCAAGGGCUGUGUAUAACCGUAUUCGAGCAUGUCUAUCUGACCCGGUUCAAUGUUGUGUCUUGUUUGAUAACGAAUUCCAUGAAGACUGCUUUCGACAGUCUUAUCCUGGUGAAUCCACUUUGGACUACACCACUCGUCUCAAUUGGACCGCUGCUCAGUGGUACCAGAGUCACUUAAUGGGAAAAGUUAAUGUCAUUUUCCUUACGGAUAAUACUGAAGUCGCUCUUGAGUUGGCUAGAAGAAACCCAUCUAAAGAUGGCGUCCUGGUGAUGGAUCUGGCCACGUAUCUUCAAACCCAUCACCCAAACUUGACCACAGUUCGACAGCUCUAUGAUUCCCUCUGUGCCUCACUGAUGUCGAGCCAAAGUGUACAGAAUGAAUCAGCGUCCACCAUAGCUGCAGCAACCACAACUUCCAGUCUACCACAACAACCUGCAUAUGGAGACGUCUACCCUGCCCACCUUCCGGAAUCUGCUCUCAUUGCCGGCGUCCGAUCGGGUCAGUUCCUUCAGGGUGUCCUGCGAGUGUCGCGUUUCCGCUCCUCAACGGACGCAGUUGUCGUGCUCACCGAUGCUAGUGCUCUGAAACACCAAGCAGAUACCCAAGACACCGAGUUCGCAUCACGCUCCGAGCUAGCGAUAAACGGAAUGGCACAUCGAAAUCGCGCAGUUGAUGGGGAUAUUGUGGUGGUUCGGCUGCUGCCGCGACAUCUGUGGACCAUGGUUUCAAGUAAUCUGAUGCCUUCCGAAGCAGGUAUCGCGGAGGCAAUGGUUUCAGGCCUUGACAAUGCCGGCGCAGCGGACGAAAGUGGUGAGGCCGAAUCUAAAGUCGGUGGUGUUGGCGGAGAUAUCGCUGCUCAACCUGUUCCUACCUCCGGUCUACCCUGUGCUUUUGUGGUCGGCGUGUUGACCCGCAAUUGGCGCGACUACGUUUGCUCCUACGUGCCACGGGAGAUGCAGGAGGACAAAAGUGCUUCCCUCUCCUCCACUCCCGGUUGGAUUGUCGCAACUCCCUGGGACAGACGCAUCCCCCGCGUCCGCAUCUUCACCACCGAACCGUCCAAACUGGCUGGAAUCAGAUUUGUUGUCCGAAUGGAUCGUUGGGACGCCAAUUCCAACUAUCCUAGUGGCCACUUCGUCCAAUCCCUUGGUCCAAUAGGCGAUCUGGAGACCGAGACGCAGACUAUCCUCGUGGAACACGGACUGGCAUACCGGCCCUUCACAGACGUCCAGUUGGACGAGUUGAAACACCUCGCUGCCGCUCGCGGCGCCUGGCAGGUUGAUCCCACGGAGGUCGCACGACGACGUGAUCUCCGUUCUCCAUCCGUCUCUGGCAAUCCCCUCUCCGAGGACACUCUUGUCUUCUCCAUCGAUCCACCGGGUUGUGAAGACGUCGAUGAUGCUCUCUCCGUUCGUUGGCUUGGAAGUGAGGUUGAAGAUGUCUCUAACAGGCGUAUCCAACUCGGCGUUCACAUUGCUGAUGUGACUCACUUCGUCAAGCCGAAUGGCAAUCUCGAUGCGGAGGCAAGGAGACGUUCUACCUCGGUGUAUCUCGCUGAUCGUCGUUAUGACAUGUUGCCAGGCAUUCUGAGUGGUGAUGUUUGUUCGCUCUGGAGUGGAGUCGAUCGGUACGCUGUGAGUGUGAUAUGGGAGCUAGAUCCAGUUAGUCUGGAAGUACUGGACGUCUGGUAUGGUCGCACUGUCAUCCGCUCUGCCUACAAAAUGACUUACCAGGCCGCACAGACUAUUGCAGAUCUUAAAAAUGUCGGCACAGAAGUCGAACCUGAUGCUGAGAAAAUCUUUUCCGGCUUAGGGGGCUUGAAGGACAUCGGUGAACUCGUUCCAGAACUCGCGAACAAAUCGAAAGCUGAAGUUCUUCCUCGCCUAGCAAGGCUCUACUCAGCCAUAUGCAUGCUCGUUCGUAUUGCCUCACAGAUUCGUCAUCUGAGGGUCGAUCGAGGUGGCCUUGAACUGGAUUCUGUCGAAGUUUCUGUAAAAUUUGAGAACCCAAAAGAGAGGACGGGAGCCCUGGAAGACAUUGUACCAAAGGCGACACUGGAAAUGCAUUCCACAGUGGCGGAAAUGAUGAUUUUCGCUAAUCAUUGGGUUGCAAGGCAGUGUCUUAAGUUCUUUCCUGAGCGAUCAUGCUUACGACGGCAUCCACCGCCACGGCCAGAAUUUUUUGACGAUCUAAAACGCUGUGCUGCUUCGCGUGGCUUUCGUUUAGAGGUGGGAUCCAACAAGGCUUUGUCUGCAUCACUGGCCAUGUGUGUGGACCCCGUGGAUCCCGAAGUGAACAGCAUGCUACGACAAUUGGCGACAAGGGCAAUGACAAACGCAUUGUACUUCUCAACUGGAUCGGAGGAGUUAACAAGGGAUCUAUUUGGUCACUACGGUUUGGCGUUGAAUCUCUACACCCACUUCACUUCACCUAUUCGACGCUAUGCAGAUGUUAUUGUCCAUCGCGUUCUGCUGGCAGCCGUUGAGCAGUCCACCACCGUGACAGAUACACCGACGUCUCCCAAGGGACUCUAUGAACACGAUGAAUUGGUGGUCAUAUGCCGACACAUGAAUGAGCGUCACUGGGCAGCCCAGCAGGCACAGCGUAGUUCUAUUGAACUCUUCCAAGCUCUCUUCUUCCGAGACAAACCGGUGGAUGAUGCUUGUCGCUAUGCAGACGCCGUCAUUUAUCAACUACGGGGCUCUAAUGGCUUCUCUGUUAUGGUGCCAAGAUACGGUCUUCGAGGUAAUGUGUGUCUCAAACAAGCGGAUGGUCGAAUUGCCUGGGUGUCUGAUGCCAAGACAGGUCGCAUCAUCUGGCUACCAGCGGACGUACCUUGCGAGAUCGUGCGUAGCCCAAUUUCCACGCAGAUGGGACCACAUGGACUGCCACCAUGCGAUCAGCUAGAGGUGGUUAAACCCGAUGGAGCGCGUCAAAGCUACCGCAUCUUCGAUUACGUUACCGUGUAUAUUACAAUAGCCGAGUCCACUGCACACAGUCUGGGUCUUCGACUGGAGCUGUACGCAAAGGAGCCCAAGGGAAGAAAAAAAGGAAAAGUAAACCAGCCUCAACCAAUUACCACAGGGGACGACGGCUUCAAAAUGCACGCAGAUGCAGAGGUGGUUGAGAGUGUUCGGACGAUGAAUAUGGAGAAGAGGAGGAAACGAAAGAAGGAGGGCGAGUCGGAGGGAGGGGGGAUGGAAGAGGGCGAUUUUGAUGAACCAGAGAAGGUGAACGAGCAUAAGGCGGUAAUUGCACAGUUGCAUACCCCUUCCUCGUUUUAUCACCAAUUCCGGAAGCUCCUGCGUCAAGGAGGCGCCGGCCGUGAAGGCAGUGAUAGUAUUGCAUGA